CCCUCUGCCCACACAACAGUCCAGUUCAGGAUGCUAUAAAAGCCCCACAGGAGUCCAGGCACCCAGACUGGCUAACACUUCACAGUGACGGAGACUCUAGGCUCAGAAGGACAGAACAGUGGACAGAAGAUGUCGCUCUUGACCUGUGUUCUGGUGUGUGUACUCCUCAGCAGCGCCUCUGCCAGCCCGGCCGGUCUGCCGCAGCACCAUGACGCAGACAUUGGGGAUUCAGACUUGGUCCAGGAUCUGGACCAGGACUGGACAGACAUGUGGAUGAGGUCCUACAUAACCAUGAGGUCCUCCAGCGAGUCCCAGUCCUCUGAGGAGUCUUCAGAGGAAACACACCUGACUCAAGCUUCUUCCAGCGAGUCCCAGUCCUCUGAGGAGUCUUCAGAGGAAACACACCUGACUCAAGCUCCUUCCAGCGAGUCCCAGUCCUCUGAGGAGUCUUCAGAGGAAACACACCCCUCUCAGGUUCCUCCCAUGACGACAGGGCUGUCUGGGACAGACCUCCCCAUUGUGGACAACAGCACGUUUCCUGAGCUCUGUCCCACCACAAGCUGUGUGACUGUGGACAUUCCCACAGAGACCCCUGUCACUGGCAACAGAGGGGAUGCCUAGCAUCUACUAAACAUGACCUCACAGACUUCCUGUUUCACUGGUCCUUUCAGAUGUUAACUCAUUUAUUUAUCAUAAAAAGUGAUAAAAAUGUGUUUUUUAAAUAACCAAAACCAAAAAUGUACCACUGAGUAUUUGGCUUGACGACCCCACAGCCUGCUCCUGACAAACAUGUGUUCAAAAGAAAACUUGGAGGGGGUAUAGUUCAAAAUUGACUUUUUGGAGCUUUUGACCAUGUCCACUCAACAAACACAUGCCUGUUUUAUAUGUCAUCCAUGCAGGUGUGACUAAUCUUGCAAUCUCUCCCAAGCACUAUUUAAAUCCUCCUUGCGGUUACAAAAAUGAGCCAGUAAAUGGUUACACGGUUAUCUAAACAUGUUAUGUGCUAGCAAUUUAUGCCCCAAAGAAAUGUAGUAUCCCCGCCUUAAGCCCUUUUAACCAUUAUAUACCAUUACAUGUGAGAAUGUAUACACACAUUUUAUUUUCUAGCAGUGCAGCGCUACAUCAAACUGGUAUCUUGAUUUACUAACGCUAAGGUAAAUGACACGUGCCCACCAGGGGGCGCAGACCUAUGGAAUGUACCGGAACUCGUGAAGAUGUUGUGCAGACCAGCGUAGGCCUUAUGAAGACGCCGUGCGAAUUAGAAGGACCCUUCUCACACCCACACACACAUUGGGUGUCCCUAUAAAAGCUGUCAACAUCCACAUCUCAGGACUCUGUUCUGUCCUUUCCGGAGAGUCGGUUGCUUCGUUGUUCACUUUACCUGUGUGGAACUCAUUAAACCUUCUGACUUUAUGUUUCAGACUCUUAGUCCUCUUUGACGCUUACACCAGAAACGAACAUUCUUACAUUAUUCUUAUUAUUGCAAUAAUAAUUUCUAAUGAUAAUUAUGUAUUCUUAUUAUUAUUGUCUAGGAAUAACUGCACAUUCCUUUAUUGAAUAUAACCCCCGCAUAGGCGCGGUGCAUGAUGGGAUAUAGCAGUAUGUGAUGCAUGCUUCGCUUUCGCACGUUAUGGCCGAUUUCCGUGGAAACACUGGAAACCCAGGGCACGUUUGACGGGCGCAAUCGUUGGGUGCAUUGAAAUGGGACAGCCCUUGUUGCACUGGAAGUUACAUAACUGCCCUUCGACGCACACUUCGAAUGGUGCAUUUAAGGGCAUUUUGGUGAAUUGAGACACAGCCUAUAUACUGUCAAUAAAAUCCUCUGAAUUUAGCUGACCAAACCAAACACUUUUGUGAAUGAUUUCACACAUGCACACACAGUACAUGGCCUUCUCCUUAUGCAUGCACAGCUCUGAAAUCCCAAGUUUACGUCACAGUGACAGGAGUCCGUUUGGGAUUAAAAGA